AUGACGGUCAGACUGCACCCCAAAGCACAGGGCGCCUCCCCCAGGAACCGACUUCCUCCUAAUCACCCCUUGGCGCCCCGGCUCUGGCCCCUGGCCCUGUCCCCCAGCCCCCGGCCCUGUCCUCCGGCCCCGGGCCCUGUCCCCCGGCCCCUCGGCCCUGUCCCUCAGCCCCUAGCCCCUGUCCCCCAGCCCUGUUCCCUGGUCCCCCGGCCCUGUCCCCCGGUGCCCCGGGCCCCCAGCCCUGUCCCCCAGCGUCCCCCAGCGUCUCCGGCCCUGUCCCCCAGCCCCCGGCCUUGUCCCUGUUCCCUGGUCCCCCGUGCCCCGGUCCUGGCCCCCGGCCCCCGGCCCUGUCCCCCGGCCCCCGGCUCUGGUCCCCGGUGCCCCGGCCCUGGCCCCCGGCCCUGGCCCCCCGUGCCCCGGCCCUGGCCCCCCGUGCCCCGGCCCUGGCCCCCGGCCCCCGGCCCUGGCCCCCGUGCCCCGGCCCUGGCCCCCGUGCCCCGGCCCUGCCCCCCGGCCCUGGCCCCCCGUGCCCCGGCCCUGGCCCCCCGUGCCCCGGCCCUGGCCCCCGCCCCCCGGCCCCCGGCUCUGGCCCCCGCCCCCAGGCCCCUGGCCCCCGCCCAGCAGCUUCCCCUCUGCCCCAGCUAA